UCGGGGCGAGACACGGAGCGAUCGUCUCGCGUCCUCCUCACAGCGCCGCGUCUCCCCGCGCCCGUGUUCAACAUCAACACGACCCCUCGUACAAUGACCCACUAGUUGUAUACACGAGCGCUUACUGUCGACCCCGCAACCCUCGCUGCUCCCUUUUAAUUAUUAUUAGCUCCCCCAAAGUUUUGAAAAAGUCGAUCGAUUGGACGUGUUUCAUCUCGCGGUCUCUACUCUAGCGUGCUACGGUAUCAACAUUAUCGAGUCGGUUAUCGCUGAUUACCUAGUGCCGGAAAGUUGUCUCUAUGUCGCCAGUUUUGCGACACCGUUCUCCAGGCCGACUGUCCGGUGGACCGUGACCUGUCAUUGACACAGUUGUGUGCUAAUGGUGAGCUGUGGGACAGUGGAAGUGCCGGUGUGGUAGCACUGGUGGCAGUGCAUGGUGGCGUGGUAGCAGUGGUGGCAGUGGAUGGUAGCGUGUGGCGCCGCUGCCUGCUCGGCUCGUGCUGCCUGGAAUGCCAGCUGCUGUUAAAUUUAAUAGGUACAAGAGCGGGGAGCGCUCAGUGAGGGGCGGCGGCCUCAAGGCGCUGCCGAAGCGCGCUCGCACACGCUACAGGGGCAUGAGCAUGGGGCAAAAGCUCUCUGGCGGUGUGAAGUCGGUGUCGCGCGAGUGCACGGCGCCGUUCAAGGCGGUGGUGGCGCGGGAACUGGCGCCCGAGCCGCCGCGGCCGGCGCGCCUGGACGCGCUGCUGGACGCGCCGCCGGCGCAUAGCGACACGCAGCUCAAGCACGCGUGGAACCCGGACGACAGAUCGCUUAAUAUAUUCGUGAAAGAGGAGGACGCGCUAACGUUCCACCGCCACCCGGUGGCCCAGAGCACAGACUGCAUCCGAGGGCGCGCGGGCUACUCCCGCGGGCUGCACUGCUGGGAGGUGGUGUGGCCCGCGCGCCAGCGGGGCACGCACGCCGUGGUGGGGGUGGCCACCGCGCACGCGCCGCUGCACUCGGUGGGCUACCAGAGCCUGGUGGGCGCCACGGACCAGAGCUGGGGCUGGGAUCUCGGCAGGAAUAAAGUUUACCACAACGCGAAAGGCACCGGCGGCAGCGGCACGACGUACCCCGCGCUGCUGAGGCCCGACGAGCAGUUCCUGGUGCCCGACCGGCUGCUGGUCGUGUUGGACAUGGACGAGGGCACCCUCGCCUUCUGCGCGGACGGCCGCUACCUGGGCGUGGCCGCGCGGGGGCUGCGGGGCAAGACGCUGUACCCCAUCGUGUCGGCCGUGUGGGGCCACGCCGAGAUCACCAUGAAGUAUAUCGGAGGACUUGAUCCCGAGCCCCUGCCGCUCAUGGAGCUGUGCCGGCGCGUCAUCCGACAGCGAGUGGGGCGCGCUCGCCUGCGGGCCGCGGCCUCCCGCCUGGCGCUACCGCCCGCGCUCAGCGCCUACCUCCUGUACCGGGCGCCAUAGCGCACACCCUCGACACACCCUCGACCACCCGCCCCAUGUCUCAUGGCGGUCAUAUACCUGCCGUUCACCUUCAAGGAUCCCAAAGAUCUGAUACACAUACAACCCCCGCGCGUUGGAACAGACACGUAACCUUCUCGUGUUACCCUCUACGUUACGUCAACUUGCAAGUGUUACUUUUGAUUGGUGAUUUUUUGAAGUGUUAUUAUUGCAGCUGACGUCAGUAAGAUGGCGGCCUGUCACCAUCUUAUCCUGUAAGGAUUAUAACUAGACUGUGCAUAUGCGCCGUACCAUAUAUGACUAGCAAGGAGUUUGUCCCUCACUAAUAACAUGUUUGACUUUAGAUGACUUUGAUAAUUAGAUGUCAAAUUCGCGCUCAAAAUAAAAAACCGUUCAUUCCAUGCAAGACAUAUUCCAUUAUGUAUACAAUAUAACCAUACUACUAUAAAAUCUUAAGUGUACUUGUUACAGUAAUAAAUCAAGUCAGAUUUAUUCAAUUAGGUAGACAUAUUACUUAUGAAAGUCAAAAGGUUAUGUACCAUUAACACCCACUUGGUUGAGCUUUAAAAAAGUGGAAAGAAACUCAUUGCGACUCUUUUAAUAACAACUUAAUUAACAAUGAGUACAGUUUUAAUACUUAUGUUUGCACGCAAGAAAUUAAACUUCGUUAGCUAGUUAGUUAACGAAGCUAAAAUCAUUAAAAUUAACGUUUUUAGAAAGAACAAUUUUGUAAAAAUCUUGCAAACAUGGCUUUGAACAUUAAUUAUUAAAAAAUGAAUACGGCUGUAUGGGUUUGAACCCUUUGCCUGUCCUAAUAAUGGAUGAAGAAACCAAACAAAAAAAACGAUUGAAAAUAAUGAAUUCAUCCUGUUACUUUUGUGUUACAGUGAUGCGCGCGCAUCUUAAAAUUUCACUCCCAUCAUUUUUUCGUAAUGCGCCUAAAGAAGUAUAACUUCAAUAAUUAAAAUAGAAAUUAUCAGUUAAUUUAUAUUGGCAUAAACUGUUAUGCACAGUCUAGUUAUAUGUAUAAGAUAUGCUUUAUCUAUGAAAGGACAGUGAUACUGUUAUCAGACAGACAGACCUCUAUAAGUUUAUACACUCAAUUCGUCAAUUUGGCGCUGAGAGCAGUGUGAAUAUACUCCGAACAAUCUUAAUUAUGAUAUAAGCACUAGUGGAAAUGCAGUCACAGUAAAUGAAUUAAAUUCCACUAAGUAACGGGUUUCGCACCGUUCCAUUUUAGUUAAUAAACUGCUAAAACACAUGUGAUUUGAACUGUCCAAACAAAAUAACUAUAGAAAUUGGUAUGAUUGAAAGAAAAACUUGACACUUCAAAACUAUUGUCGCUUCAAAUCUGUUGUUGAAUAAAAUUUGACUAAAGUUGCCUGCAUUUGUUACCAAUUGAAAAAAAAGUAUACCUUAUUAAAUAUCGGCUGAAUUUAAUUCCACGUUUUAUGUUGAUCAGCCAAAAUCGAAUUGUUUGAACCCGCUGAGGAUACACUUAAUAUUCACAAGAGCCAUUUGUCAAAAUAGCUUAUGGAUACACUCACCAUAGCGCUUCAAGCUGGUACAAAAUGUAGCUGCUAUUAUGUAUGGAGAUAUAUUAUAGAGGUCAGGAUUCGUAACAGAUUAUCAACACAAUUAUUAUACAUUAAAUUACAUCACACACGCCAUGUGGCCGCGCCUUUUACUACUCGGAACACAUUAAUUAGUAUUAGCAAUUGCUUGUAUUAUUGCCAAACGUCUAGAUGGUCAUUCUGAAUAUGUGCAGGCUUAAUUUAACAUUUUAGCAGCCAAUGAGACCGGAUAGUUUCAUGAUAUUUGUAUGUUAUGAAAUAUAUUAUUAUACUGCACCUCGGAAAGUGCCUUCAUACUAAAUAAAUAAAUAACUGGAAUUCCGACACUUGGGUGUAUUAAGGCCCUCGAUUUCGUCUCAGAGUGACAUAUUGUUCCCUUAGUAGUAACUUUGUACUGUAGCUGCGAUGUUACAAAUGAUAAUAAUUUACGAAAUCAUUUACAAUGAAACUUAAUAUCGCUAGUAUUAGAAUUUGAGUUCUUUAUCUUGUCUCAUUGGUUUUUGUGUUAGAAAUAUAUAUAAUGUCUCAUGAAGAUGCACUUUCAUCAAUAUAUCAGUUAAAUAUGUCCGAAGCCUUGUAUUUUGUCUUAUUAUUUUUGAGUGAAUGAUUUAUUUUUGAUUGAUUAGCCUAUGCAACAGACUGGGCAUACAUGGGUACUAUAGAGAAAUAAUAAAUAUUUUCUAUAGAGGAAAAGGCAAUAUAAUGGACAAAAGAGCAACAAUUUAAACAUUUGGCCUGUCCAAAUUCUCGACCUUCCUCAAAAUAAACAUUGUAUAUUAAAAAAAAAUAAUUUGUAAAGUGCAUCUUCUUUAGAUCUUUAAUCAUGAUUCAAGACUAAUAGAUUAUAAUGCCAAUAUAUCCAACACCACAUAAUUUAUAAAUAGUGACAAUUUACGCCAUCUAUGUACUGAAAAGGUUAACGCAUAGCUUCAAGCAGUUAUUUAAGUAGAUUUUGGACAUUAAUUAUUGUGGUUGUAUACAGCACUGUUUAUAGAUCAUUGAUAAUAUUAUUAUUGUCUGUUCAAGCCGUUCGAUGCCUUUUAUACUUUGUAAUAGUGACAAGACACGAUCUAUUAUGGUGUUUUAUAAACAUCAUUCGUUUUAUAGUAUGAAGCAAUAUUUAUAUAUUAUAUCGAACUGUAAUUGGUAAAUAGGUGUAUAAUUUGUGUGCCUCCAAAACAUAAGCAAUGUACAAGCAAGAAGUUUAUACAAAACACAUAAUCGCUUUAAGAUUUUGUGCUGUGCGUUUUGACAUGAAGAUUUUUAGAGCAUUAUUUAUAAAUAUAAGAUUAUUAGUAACACUACACUGCUAGUGCGCUCGAUUAUGUUUUGAAUGUGGUAAUGAAGUAAAAUAAGUUUAGCGUAAAUAGGUAUAUAUAUAUAUUAUGUUUUAAGAUUCCUAUAUAAUUUCGAUAGAAGUUAUGUUUGUAUACUUUAAGCAGUGUAGUGCAUUGUUUCUGAUAAUAAUUUGGUUUCGAUACGAUUUUAAUUUAUCACACUUGCUUUGUCCAUGUAUUUCGAUUUCUUAUUUUUAUAUUGUCUGUGAUAGUUAAUACUUAAUUGAACACUACAUUUCCAUUGAAAACAUUUAUGAACAUGUCAACCCACAUUACAUGAAAUAGUUGUAUUUUUUCUUAACGAUAAUGUAAAGUAACACUCGAUAUAAAUGUAUACCAAAUUGUAUAAAAUUGUAUGCUUCUGCAAACCAUAAUGAUCUCUUAUGAAUAUGAUAUCUGCAAUGAGUAGUCUCUAGUCGCUGCAGUGUCGUAUUUAAGUUAUUAAUAAAGGUUUUGAAAUAACAUGCAUCAUAUUUGAGACCGAUUCAAACGAAGCUAGGUCUGUCAGUUUGAAGUGCGUUUGUGUGAAUCAGUCUCUAGUUAAUAUAAAUAUGAUAGUGAGUGCGGAGUGGUUAGUAUUCGUGCUCCAGGCCAGUGUAAUAGUUGGGCAAUCUUAACCCUAUUUUACUUUCGUAGUGGUCGGUUAUUAUGUUUAGUUUAGCACAUUACUUCCUAUUAUAGAGUCGUGUGAGAGUGUGUGUAUGUGUAAUGUAAGUCGGCAUUUUACAUCACGCGAAUGUAACUGAACAACAUUAGCUGUAAAUUACUUUAUUUUCGUAAUAAUUCGCGCUUGCAAUGCCGUAGUUAAAAUCGUAGUCUCCCAUUAUGUCUUGUUGUGGUAUUAUUUGUAACACGUUUUAUUCAAUAAUUUCAAAAUGGCGGCAGUUGCGUCUGCCUCAGAUUUCAUCUUUUUCGUUUGUUUGAAUGAAGCGGGUUUUAUAAGCACAUAAUGCGAUGAUGGCAUCUCGAAUGCAGUCGACUAAUCGAAAUGUCAGCCAUUUGCGAUCCAAAUUUAUUAUAUCGUAAUGAACAUAUAAAAUAUAAAUACUUCCAUUUUAUUAAGAUUGUUUUCGUAUGUAGGUAGCUCGUAUGUAGGUGGAAGCGGAACUCACUUUUUAUCCCUAUUGCUCCGUGGUAUGUUUUAUGUAUCCUUUGUCUUUAAUUUAGUUUGUUGUAUGUUCGUCAUGAGAGGUUCAUGUGAAUAUUGACACUGAGAAAAUAUGAUAAACUGCCAAAUGCGAAAUGUGUGUUUUACGAAUCUGUGCGUGAAAGAGAUAGCAUGAGUGGUGUCCGUGAGUUAGAACGGGACAUAAGAUAAGUAAGGGAUAAAUAACAAUACACCAAUCUAUAGAUAGUCGUGUACGAGGAGACGUAUUUAGACCAAUAUAGACGAUACGGCGAUUUUAUUUAAUCAUUACAGACAGCGGUUUUGUACACAAUAUUAAGAAACGAUACAAAUGAGUUUUAUGAAUCGUGUUUAGUCCUAUGUAUGUAUAUAAACAUUGUUUGCGAUAUUCAAUGACUUUAUUAAUGUAAGGGAAAAUGCAUUUUAGUUUUUUAAGUUGUAGGCAAUAUUUUUAAAGUCAUUUCUAAACAGAAUUAUGCGAUUGUCAUUCGAAUCUCUUAGAUACAAUUGAAUUAAAAUAGGAACGCGAUUGGAAUAAAUAUAUCUGUUUAAGAGAAUUAAAAUGAUAUGAAAUAAA